AUGCAGCCAGCAAUGAUGAUGUUCUCCAGUAAAUACUGGGCAAGACGGGGACUCUCCUUGGAUUCAGCUGUGCCCCAAGAACACCCUCUACUUGGCAAUGUAACACUGAAUAGAACUGGUUCUGGUAAAAUUGAUGACAGAAAGGGCAACAAAAGUGCAGGCAAGAAUGAAUCGACAUCUGAAAGUGGAAAGACUGCUGUGGUGUUUUCUUUGAAAAAUGAAGUUGGUGGCUUGGUAAAAGCACUCAGACUCUUCCAGGAAAAACAUGUGAGUAUGGUUCACAUUGAAUCGAGAAAAUCCAAGAGGAGGAGUUCAGAGGUAGAAAUUUUUGUGGAUUGUGAUUGCAGCAAAAAACAAUUCAACGAACUCAUUCAGUUGUUAAAAUAUGAAACUAACAUUGUAACUCUAAAUCCCCCGGAAAAUAUCUGGACUGACGAGGAAGAACUUGAUUGUGUGCCUUGGUUCCCCAGGAAGAUUGCUGAAUUAGACAAAUGUUCCCAAAGAGUUCUCAUGUAUGGCUCUGAACUGGAUGCAGAUCACCCUGGAUUUAAGGACAACGUCUAUCGGCAGAGAAGAAAAUAUUUUGUAGAUAUUGCCAUGAACUAUAAAUAUGGCCAGGCAAUCCCUAGAGUGGAGUAUACUCCUGAAGAAAUAAAAACUUGGGGUACUGUGUUCAGAGAACUUGCUAAACUGUAUCCUACUCAUGCUUGUCGAGAGUAUUUAAAGAAUUUUCCUUUGCUGACCAAAUACUGUGGCUAUAGAGAGGAUAAUGUCCCUCAACUGGAAGAUGUUUCAAUGUUUCUGAAAGAAAGGUCUGGCUUCAUAGUAAGACCAGUUGCUGGAUAUUUGUCACCACGAGACUUCUUAGCAGGCCUUGCCUAUAGAGUUUUCCACUGUACCCAAUAUAUACGUCAUGGAUCAGAUCCCCUCUACACACCAGAACCGGAUACGUGUCAUGAGCUCCUGGGACAUGUGCCUCUCUUUGCUGACCCUAAAUUUGCCCAGUUUUCCCAGGAGAUUGGACUGGCCUCACUGGGAGCAUCUGAUGAGGAUGUCCAGAAACUUGCCACUUGCUAUUUUUUCACCAUUGAGUUUGGCCUUUGUAAGCAAGAUGGGCAACUCCGGGCAUAUGGGGCAGGCCUUCUGUCUUCCAUUGGAGAACUUAAGCAUGCUUUGUCUGAUAAAGCCAAUGUGAAAACAUUUGAUCCAAAGACAACCUGUUUGCAAGAAUGCCUUAUCACUACUUUCCAGGAAGCUUACUUUGUCUCAGAAAGUUUUGAAGAAGCUAAAGAGAAGAUGAGGCGAUUUGCAAAAUCAAUCAACCGUCCCUUUUCUGUAUAUUUCAACCCAUAUACCCAAAGCAUUGAAAUUCUGAAAGACACCAGAAGUAUUGAAAAUGUCGUCCAGGAUCUUCGGAGUGACCUGAACACCGUGUGCGAUGCUUUAAGCAAAAUGAACCGAUAUUUGGGGAUAUGA